AGACACGCACACGCACACAUACACACACAAACACACGCAGAGCAGAGCAGCACACCUUCAUGCUUGCCAAGCGUUUCGGAUGGUGUGUCACCUUUUCUCCAGGCACUCUAAUUUGUCAUUGAGGAACCUAUUCACUGACUUUUGUAGAGGAUUUCAAUUGCGUGAACAUUGCAACGUUAUUGCUGGGGAAUCUCUGCACGUCACGUCCACUCGGCUUCUGUGAGAUUGCACCUUGGAUGUUUGGCCAUCCCGUGUCUUGCACGGUGGAGAUACUUGCUCCCGGUACUAUUUAGACGAAAACCGAGAAACACUGUGGGAUCUGCACUCUACUGGCGAGAUAUUAUCAUUGAUCAUCGGGACGGGCCUACAUCGGACGUGUUUCCAGAAUGAGACGCUGCGGACAGUGAUCGCUCGUGAGCUGCCGUGAACCGGAGGAGGACGCCAUGGAAGUGAAGGAGCGCCGGCCCUACCGCUCUCUGACCGCGCGGCGCGACGCUGAGCGGCGCUACACCAGCUCCUCGGCGGACAGCGAGGACGGCAAGGCCAACGCCAAGUCCUACAGCUCCAGCGAGACGCUGAAGGCCUUCGACCAGGACUCCCGCAUGGCCUACGGGACCCGGGUCAAGGACCUGGUCCACCACGAGGUGGACGAGUUCAACAGACAAGGAGCAGACUUCUCCCUGCGGGACCUGGGCUUCGGCGAGGCCCUGCCCUCCCACGUGCCGGCGGUGGGGUACCGCGGCGAGCUGGGCCUGCAGCAACGGGACUACUCGGUCAGCGUGGGCUCGGACGCCGACACGGAGACGGACGGCGUCAUGUCCCCGGAGCACGCCGUCCGGUUGUGGGGCCGCGGAGGCGCCGGCGGGAACCCCAAGUCGGGCCGCAGCUCCUGCCUGUCCAGCCGGGCCAACUCCAACCUGACCCUGACCGACACGGAGCACGAGAACACGGAGAGCGACGGCGUGUUCCAGAACCACUCUCGGCUCAGGACGCCACCCCUCGCCCACUCCCACUCGCCCAACCACCAGCACCACCACGCCGCCUCCGCCAACUCUCUGAACCGGGCCACCUACACGCCCCGCAGCAACCCCAGCCCCGCGCCCACGGACGGCUCCGCCCCUCCCGACGGCCCCGCCUCCGGCGCCACCGAGCCGGGGGGCGGCACCCCGGACAACUGGCUGCUCAACAGCAACAUCCCACUGGAAACCAGAAACAUAUCAAAGCAGGCAUUCCUAGAGACUUUGCAGGACAACCUGAUUGAGAUGGACGUGCUGGCGUCAGCGCAACGUGAGGCCGCGUACAACCACGGGCACUUCCUGUUCAAGCCCGGCGGCACCUCCCCCAUGUACUGCACCACGUCCCCCGGAUACCCCCUGACCUCCAGCACGGUGUACUCGCCGCCGCCGCCGCGCCCCCUGCCCCGCAACACCUUCUCCAGGCCGGCCUUCAGCCUCAAGAAGCCCUACAAGCACUGCACCUGGAAGUGUGCCGCGCUCAGCGCCAUCCUCAUCUCCGUCACGCUGCUCGUCCUCCUGGCCUACUUCAUCGCCAUGCAUCUCUUCGGGAACUGGGACCUGCAGCCCAGCCGCCAGAUGUACCAGCUGUCGGAGGACAACAGCAGCCGGCUGUCCUUCCCCACCGACCUGAGCCUGCCGCCGCUGGGAAACACCGGGCUGGACAUAGCCGGCCGUCGAGGCAAGGAUGACGGGAAGCUGGACGACUCCUACAUGGACGACAGCAUCAUAGAUGGGGAGAUCGACGUGGGGCGCAAGGUGGCCCAGCAGAUCCCCCCCGGGUUCUUCUGGAGGGCCCAGGUGUUUGUGGACCACCCCAUGUACCUGAAGUUCAACGUGUCGCUCGGCAAAGACGCCUUAAUGGGGAUCUACGGGAGGAGAGGAAUCCCUCCCACACACACACAGGUGGGGGAGGCUGAACCUUUCUGCUGCUGCCUGGCUUACUUUGACAGAAAUAAAGACUUCAGGCAUAGUAACAGCCCCGCCCAUAAGUACUACCUGGCGGCCAGCCCUGUGAGUGGCGCGGUGUACCUGUCUGACACCGGCAGCCGGAAGGUGUUCCGGGUCAAGUCCCUGAGCGCCGUGAAGGACGUGGCCAAGAACCUGGAGCUGGUGGCGGGCACCGGGGACCAGUGCCUGCCCUACGACGACGCCCGCUGCGGGGACGGGGGCAAGGCGGCCGAGGCCACCCUCACCAACCCUAGAGGCGUCACCGUGGACAAGUACGGCAUCGUCUUCUUCGUGGACGGCACCAUGAUCCGUCGGAUCGACCAGAACGGCAUCAUCUCCACCCUCCUUGGCUUCAACGACCUCACCUCCGCUCGGCCCCUCAGCUGUGACGCCGUGAUGGACAUCUCGCAGGUUCGGCUGGAAUGGCCCACCGACCUGGCGGUGAGCCCCCUGGACAACUCCCUGUAUGUGCUGGACAACAACGUGGUGCUGCAGAUCUCGGAGAACCACCAGGUGCGCAUCGUCGCCGGGCGGCCCAUGCACUGCCAGGUCCCGGGCAUCGACCACUUCCUGCUGAGCAAGGUGGCCAUCCACGCCACGCUGGAGUCGGCCAACGCCCUGGCCGUGUCUCACACCGGCGUCCUGUACAUCGCCGAGUCGGACGAGAAGAAGAUCAACCGCGUGCGCCAGGUGUCCACCAACGGAGAGAUCUCGCUGGUGGCGGGCGCGGCCAGCGGCUGCGACUGCAAGAACGACGCCAACUGCGACUGCUAUUCGGGCGACGAGGGCUACGCCAAAGACGCCAAGCUGAACGCGCCGUCGUCCCUGGCCGUGUCGCCCGACGGCGAGCUGUUCAUCGCCGACCUGGCCAACAUCCGCAUCCGCUUUGUGCGCAAGAACAAGCCCUACCUGAACCCGCUCAACAUGUACGAGGUGUCGUCGCCCAUCCACGACGAGCUCUACCUGUUUGACGCCAACGGCAGUCACAUCUACACCCAGAGCCUGACCACCGGGGACCACCUCUACAACCUGACGUACUCGGGCCAGGGGGACCUGGCCUCCGUCGUGGACAAGAACAAGAACCUGGUGACCAUUCGCCGGGACACCACGGGCAUGCCCCUGUGGCUCAUGGUGCCCGACGGCCAGACCUUCUGGUUCACCGUGGGCACCAACAACGCCCUGAAAACCAUCGCGGCCCAGGGCCAGGAGCUGGCGGUGAUGACCUACCAUGGGAGCUCGGGGCUGCUGGCCACCAAGACCAACGAGAACGGAUGGACCACUUUCUACGAGUACGACUCCUACGGCCGCCUGACCAACGUCACCCACCCCACGGGCCGGGUGAGCAGCUACCGCUCCGACAUGGACAGCAGCGUCCGGGUGCAGGCGGAGGGCUCUAACAAGGAGGACAUCACCAUCACCACCAACCUGUCCGCCUCCGGGACCUUCUACACACUCAUGCAGGACCAAGUGAGGAACAGCUACUACGUCGGGCUGGACGGCUCGCUGCGGCUGGUGCUGGCCAACGGCAUGGAGGUGUCCCUGCACACGGAGCCCCACCUGCUGGCCGGCACCGUCAACCCCACGGUCAGCAGGAGGAACGUGACGCUGGCCAUCGACAACGGCCUCAACCUGGUGGAGUGGCGGCAGCGGAAGGAGCAGGCGCGCGGCCAGGUCACCGUGUACGGACGCCGCCUCCGGGUCCACAAUAGGAACCUGCUGUCGCUGGACUUCGACCGGAUCACACGAACGGAGAAGGUGUACGACGACCACCGGAAGUUCACCCUGAGGAUCCAGUAUGACCAGGCGGGCCGGCCCACCCUCUGGGCCCCGAGCAGCCGGCUCAACGGCGUCAACGUCACCUACUCCUCGGGGGGGCACGUGGCUGGGAUCCAGAGGGGCACCAUGUCGGUGCGCAUGGAGUACGACCCCAACGGACGCAUCACCUCCCAGAUCUUUGCCGACGGCAAAUCAUGGAGCUACACCUACCUAGAGAAGUCCAUGGUGCUGCUGCUCUACAGCCAGAGGCAGUACAUCUUCGAGUUCGACAAGAACGACCGGCUCUCGUCGGUGACCAUGCCCAACGUGGCGCGCCAGACCCUGGAGACGACCCGCUCCGUCGGCUACUACCGCAACACCUACCGGCCCCCCGAGGGCAACGCCUCGGUGCUGCAGGACUACAGCGAGGACGGCCGGCUCCUCCAGACCGCCUACCUGGGCACCGGCCGCCGCGUGGUCUACAAGUACGGCAAGCUGGACAAGCUGCUGGAGAUCCUGUACGACACCACCCGCGUCGCCUUCUCCUACGACGAGGUGUCGGGCAUGCUGAAGACGGUGAACCUGCAGAGCGAGGGCUUCACCUGCACCAUCCGCUACCGGCAGAUCGGCCCGCUCAUCGACCGGCAGAUCUUCCGCUUCAGCGAGGAGGGCAUGGUGAACGCCCGCUUCGACUACGUCUACGACAACAGCUUCCGGGUGACCAGCAUGCAGGCGGUCAUCAACGAGACGCCCAUGCCCAUCGACCUGUACCGCUACGACGACGUGUCGGGCAAGACGGAGCAGUUCGGCAAGUUCGGCGUCAUCUACUACGACAUCAACCAGAUCAUCACCACGGCGGUGAUGACGCACACCAAGCACUUUGACGCCUACGGCCGCGUCAAGGAGGUGCAGUACGAGAUCUUCCGCUCGCUCAUGUACUGGAUGAUGGUGAACUACGACAACAUGGGCCGCGUGGUGGUGAAGGAGCUGAAGGUGGGGCCCUACGCCAACACCACGCGCUACACCUACGAGUACGACGCCGACGGGCAGCUGCAGGCGGUGUCCAUCAACGACAAGCCCCUGUGGCGCUACAGCUACGACCUCAACGGCAACCUGCACCUGCUGAGCCCCGGCAACACGGGGCGCCUCACGCCGCUGCGCUACGACCCGCGCGACCGCAUCACGCGGCUGGGCGACGUGCUGUACCGCGUGGACGAGGACGGCUUCCUCAAGCAGCGCGGCAACGACUACUUUGAGUACAGCUCGGCCGGACUGCUCACCAAGGUGUACAACCGGGUGAGCGGCUGGAGCAUCCGCUACCGCUACGACGGGCUGGGCCGCCGCGUGUCCAGCCGCAGCAGCGCGGGCCACCACCUGCAGUUCUUCUACGCCGACCUGUCCAGCCCCACGCGGGUCACCCACAUGUACAACCACACCAGCUCGGACAUCACCUCGCUGUACUACGACCUGCAGGGCCACCUGUUCGCCAUGGAGCUCAACAGCGGCGACGAGUUCUACGUGGCGUGCGACAACAUCGGCACGCCGCUGGCCGUGUUCAGCGGCGCCGGCCUCAUGAUCAAGCAGAUCCUGUACACGGCGUUCGGCGAGGUCUACCUGGACACCAACCCCAGCUUCCAGGUGAUCGUGGGCUACCAGGGCGGGCUGUACGAGCCGCUCAGCCGGCUGGUGCACAUGGGCCGGCGGGACUACGACGUGAUGGCGGGCCGGUGGACCACGCCCGACCACGAGGUGUGGGCGCGGCUUAACAGCGACCACAUCGUUCCCUUCAACCUCUACAUGUUCAAGAACAACAACCCGCUGAGCAACAACGAGGAGACCAAGUGCUACAUGACAGAUGUGAACAGCUGGCUGGUGACCUUUGGCUUCCAGCUGUACAACGUGAUCCCGGGCUACCAGAAGCCCAACACUGACACCAUGGAGCCCUCCUACGAGCUGCGCAGCACCCAACUGAAGAUGCAGGAGUGGGACAGCACCAAGUCCUUCCUCGGGGUGCAGUGUGAGGUCCAAAGGCAGCUCAAGUCCUUCGUCAAGCUGGAGCGCUUCGGGCAGAUCUACCGGGCCAAGGGCGCGGGCUGUCCGCAGGCCGAGACCCGGAAGCAGUUUGCAUCCUCCGGCUCCAUCUUCGGCAAGGGGGUGAAGUUCGCCAUCCGCGACGGCCGCAUGAGCACCGACAUCAUCAGCCUGGCCAACGAGGACGGGCGGCGCAUGGCGGCCAUCCUCAACGACGCCGCGUACCUGGAGGACCUGCACUUCACCGUGGGCGGCAUGGACACGCACUACUUCGUCAAGCUGGGCUCGGUGGAGGCCGACCUGGCCCUGCUGGGCAUGACGGUGGGCCGGCGCACGCUGGAGACGGGCGUGAACCUCACGGUGUCCCAGGUCAACGCGGUGGUGGGCGGGCGCACGCGGCGCAUCACCGACAUCCAGCUGCAGUACGGCGCGCUCAGCCUCAACACGCGCUACGGCAGCAGCGUGGACGAGGAGAGGGCGCGCGUGCUGGAGGCGGCGCGGGAGCGGGCGGUGGCGCGCGCCUGGGCCCGCGAGCGCCAGAGACUGCGGGACGGCGAGGAGUGCUCGCGGAGCUGGACGGAGGGCGAGAGGCAGCAGCUGCUGGGCUCGGGCCGCGUGCUGGGCUACGACGGCUUCUACGUGGUGUCGGUGGACCAGUACCCCGAGCUGGCCGACAGCGUCAACAACGUCCACUUCAUGAGACAGAGCGAGGUGGGCCGCAGGUGACAUGAACACAGGGCUCCGCUGGUGAGGGACUAGCACACGCACGCUCGCGCACACUAACACAAGCAAACACACACACACACACACACACACACGUGAAAACACACACAUGUACGUACACACAUCCACUCUCACACACACACACACACACACACACACACACACACACACACACACCAGACUUGUUGCCAAAGACAGCUGCCUACUCCACCACCACUUGGUUUCCUUGGACGGUUGUGUCCCAUUCGUGGUUAUAAAACGCUGGGCAGGGGGGUUGAGAGGUGAGGAGUCCUUGUUACAGCCAGAGAUAAGCCCUCCCCCCCCCCCCCACUGGGAGACGCCCCAGUGGCUCUGGGCCUCUGGGCCAGAGGAGGAACACGGUGUUAGUUUGUGGCUUAAUUUCCUGACUUUACUGCAGUGUCUCUUAAACUAUGGGUCAGGACCUAAAGCGGGUCGCGGUCCACUUGGAGGUGGGCCGCGGCCUGACAAUGCACAGAAACACCCUGUUCCGAAAGGAUCGGCAAUUCCAAGUGUGCUCAAGAGUUUUCUGGGUGCGUGCUUGGGCCCCAACGGACACACUGAAAUUGUCUUUUGGGUCCCGUGGUGAUAAAGUCGAAGUACCCCAUGUCCGCUCCAUCAAGCCCGCCGGUGGUUCGGUGUGGGAACCCCCAGGUGGAUUGUGGGUAAUCCAUCGUGUUGUUGUGCGAUUCUGGCUCCAUUCGGCCCCAGAGUUGCAGAUUGCCCCCCCCCCCCCCCCCCCCCCCAGCUUGCUCUGUUCUGCCUUCUCAAGGAGAUCCCCUCCCGCUUUCUUUGUUUUAUACUUGAAAACCCGGUAGCCCCCGGUUGCGCAAACGCGAUGGAAGAAACGUGUGUGUGUGUGUAUCGGCAUCAUCGCUGGUGAGCCCUUGAUUAAAAAAAUGAAAAAACCCUAGCAAAUGUUUCAAAGCACCUUCAUUUGCGUGAUGUCCUGUAGUUUGUUUCAUUGAAUUUUGUUUUUUAUUUUUUUUAUUUUUCUUAUUAGGAAAGGCUUUGCUACUUACCCGAGCCUUGAAGGCCCGUCGGGCACACUGUGCAUGUGAAAGCCUUCUUUAAAAUUUGGGAAAUGUCUCAAAAGGCUUUAUGAAGCCGGCAUUGUGCGCCGAGGCCAGCAAAGGAAUAGGUCAUGUUUUUCUGUUCAGGCUUUUAGUUAUUUUGGAAUUUGCUUCAGAGAAGAAGAAAAAAAAAAGAAUGUUUUCUUGGUUGAUCCUUGUUUGACAGCGGUCCAAAAAACUCCACACUAAGCGUAUAGUUCAGAGCCAGCACUGUCAGAGCAAAACUGUGGAAUCAAUGUCCGUAUUAAACGAGCGAUAUUUUACGGGAAUGGUUUUGAAAUUACUUUGAAUUGUGUUUCAUAACAUGACUAUAUGAAAUAACAGUAUAAACAAAUGUGAAUUUAAACAACAAAAAAAAAACAAGUGAACUGUCGUUCCAUUUAUUGUUGAAUGUUGUACUCGAGGGUGAUUCCAUAUACGGAAUAAAUUAUACCAGAUGGUUUUAAGUUUGGUCAGAUUAUUCCUUAAAUUCCACUCAGUCACUGAUUCCACCCAACAGCGGACCUCCAUGGCAUCUACAGUCGCAGUGUUUCCUUCUGUUUUGCAAUGUACUUUUUUCUCAGUAUUCCUCAUAAAUAACUCAAACCUUAUAAAGCCUGUGAUUGAAGAGUUUGUGAAUGUCGGCUUACUUAAAAAAAAAAAAAAAGACAAA